AUGAUACUGAGGGUACGCAAUCUCCGAGAAUUUACGCGAGCUAGAGUCCCAGGCGUUUCCUUACCCAGAAAUCCAAAGCGCCGGGAGACUACAUCAACCUCUGCACAUCCCAGCAAAGCCGCUGGAGACAUAUCGAGUGUCUUCCCUUCCCUAUCUGGCAUUGACAGUCCGCCAUUGCCUACACGGUUUGCAGACUUGAAGAGACGGCUAAUACAGGGCCAUGAAGACCGCGUGAGAGACAGCUGGCAUCGGUUGCUGGCAGAUUUACGCAAGGAAAUCGAUGUUAUUAAGGCAUUGGGCUCGAAAGUCAUACCAGAGCUCGAAUUUAGGGACAUGCACAACUUGGGGAAAAGGACGGAAUUUCGUGAUGGCCUACACAAACGAGGUGUGGGUCUCAUUAGAGGCGUAGUGUCGGAGCGGGAAGCGUUGGGUUGGAAAGAGCUGUUGAAGAGAUAUAUCCAGACCAACCCCUCGACGAAAGGGUUUCCGGCCAGUAAUCUCGCUGUAUACGAGCUCUACUGGUCUCCUUCCCAAGUGCUCGCCCGCGCUCAUCCCAACCUUCUUCGAACCCAAGCAUUUCUCAUGUCUCAUUGGCACUCUGUUAACAAGUCUGCCCGGAUAUCCACCUCUCAUCCGGUUGCGUAUGCUGAUCGCCUUCGUAUACGGCAGCCCGGUGAUGUUGAGUUUGCGCUUGGUCCGCAUGUUGACGGUGGGAGCUGCGAAAGAUGGGAAGAGAGCGGGUAUGGUAAAGGUGGGGUUUACAACGAGGUUUUUCGGGGCAAUUGGGAAGCCUAUAACCCUUGGGAGAGUAGCUGUCGAUUACCUGUUGUCUCUGAUCUCUAUAACGGCCCAGGGGGUUGUUCGAUGUUCCGCAUGUUCCAAGGCUGGCUGUCCAUGUCUACCACUAGCGCAGGGGAAGGGACCUUGAUGGUUAAUCCGCUACUGGGAAAGGCAACAGCCUACUGCUUGCUUCGACCUUUCUUCCAACCGAGAAGAGGUCCCACAGAAGCGUUGGGAUCAGGUUUCCUCGAUUCCAACAAUUGGAGCCUAGAAGAUGAGACGACCUCAGUGUUGCAGGGGGCCGUUCCUUCUAAUUGUCAAGAACUCAACGCGGCUUUACAUCCUCACCUUGGGCUCGAAGAUACCAUGACACAUGUCCCAGAAGUCAGACCAGGAGAUUAUGUAGCAUGGCAUUGUGACACGAUACACGCCGUCGACAAGACCCACGCUGGCAAGGAAGACUCAAGCGUGAUGUAUAUCCCGGCAUGCCCGCUGACGGAAGCCAACGCUGCUUAUCUGGUGCGUCAAAGGGAGGCGUUCUUUGAAGGAACGCCAGGUCCAGACUUUCCCUCAGGCGUAGGUGAGAGUCAGCAUCUAGGCCGCUUGACUCCAGACUUUGUCAUGCAGAAUAUCGAUAUCGAGGCCCAACGUGCUAUGGGGCUCACGAGAUAUGAUGCUGGUCAGAAGGGUCUGCUUGAGCGAGAGCGUCAGACGCUGCAGAGGGCAAAUGAGCUACUGGGAUUUGACUCUGACUUUUUCCAACGUAUGGUCGAGGAGUCCGUUCAUAUGCGAAGCGAAGAAAUCAAGGCCAUCAGAAAUGCUGCGAAAAACACUGGGAUGGUGGUGAGUGUUGGUGUAUCUGAAGGAUUUAAGACCGCCACGUUAUUCAAUUCCAAUCUUAUCAUUGGCGCUGACGGCGAAAUCGUUGUCCAUCACCGAAAAAUGGUCCCAACCUUCUACGAGAAGCUGACCUGGAGUCCUGGUGAUGGAUACGGUCUCAGACUCGCCAUGACGCCCUUUGGAAACAUCGGUGCUCUGAUAUGUGGAGAGAAUACCAAUCCCCUAGCUAGGUACGCGUUGAUGGCAUUGGAUGAGCAGGUGCACAUCUCAUCUUGGCCCGCUGUAUGGCCCACAAGGCGCUCGAAGUCUGAAAUUGGGAAAUCCAAUGGUCCUCCAAAUGGAAAUUACGAUAACGUUGCGGCGAAUUAUAUCAGAUCAGCUGCGCACUGUUUCGAAGCGAAAUGCUUCGGAAUCUCCUGUGCAGGCCAUUUUAGCAAGGAGAAUAUGGACGAGAUCGUGCGUAUCUCGGGGGAUACUGGUUGUUUGCCAACACUGCAGCGAACACCCCGUGCUGCAACCAUGUUUCUGGGACCAACUGGCAGCUUGCAUCCAUCAUUUACAAUAGACGAGCAUACCGGUGUAGUGGAAGCGAAGGAAAUGAUCCAAAACGAAGAAGACAUCUUGUAUGCUGAUCUGGAUAUAGCCGACUGUGUGGAGGGAAAGCAAUACCAUGAUAUCGCAGGCGGUUACCAGAGGCUCGACAUUUUUGAUCUCAGGAUCGAUCGCAGUCGUAAACCAGCCAUAAGCAUCUUAACGCCAAUGGCAAUCCUAAUUGAUCGGGAAAGAAUGGCCUCUGGAUCCGCGACAACGUUUACACCUGAUGACGGUGGCGGAUCCUCCGAAGGAUUUGGUGCGCGCAGACCCUCUGCGCCACCUUGGCCGCGUCUUCAAAUCAAACAGACUUCUCUGAACCAUGAGGACGCAGCCAAUAGAAAAGAGACCAGAACCGGAAGCUUACCCACGGGUUAUGGAGAAAUAGACGACUCUUUGGACCUGAGGCAGCUGUUGCAAAACAAAAAAAAGCAAGAAGCAGCGUCCGAUCGGCCAAGGGAGCACCAGAAUAAAGAUGAAAAACCACCGAUGAAAAUAAGAUACGUUUCGGGGAAUGAUCCGAUGGAGCACCAGGAUAAAGAUGAAAAACCACCGAUGAAAAGAAGAUACUUUUUUCGGACUGAUGGGUAG